AUGGGAGAAAAGCCAAGCUUAAUAAGAAAAAAAGGAAGGACAUUGCUGGUUGAAAGACCUAAAACCCUGCCUGGAAGAAGAGGGCAACAGUGGAAACACCUGUCUGUAAUGCUGUUUCAGGAUGAGCUACAGGAGACAAUUUCUGAUCAUGCAACAAGCAAGGAAAAAGAUGAUUAUCCAGAUGACUUUGAAAGUGAUGAAGAUGGCGUGUUAAAUGAUAUUGGGGAAGAACGUGCUGAAAGCCAUUCAGGUUCUACAAGCACUGAGAGAUCUCUUGCUGGGAGUCCUCUCUUGAAUGAUGAUGCUUUACAAAAAGUAGUAGAUUUGGAAAAUGAAGCUGCUGAUGACUUGAAUUUAUCCUUUCAUGAAAAGAAGCUUCAGCAAAUAAUGGUUUUAGAAGGUGAGCCCAUACAGAAUGACAGAAAAGAUGGGGAAGAAGGAUGUUUGGAAGGUCAAAAUGAGGAUAAUGACAGAAAAAAUAAUGAAGAAGUGCUGCGUGAUAAGAGUGAAAGUGAUGAUUUGCCUAUUAAUGAACUACAUGAAAAAAGAAAUGAGGAGGAAAACCAACCAAAAGCAAAGCCUCAGAUGCACAAAAAAGGAAAUGCUUCUGCACCAGAGAAAGAUCAGAAGACUGCCAGCACCAGUGACUUGAAACUGGAGGACAAUGGUACAAAAUCCCUUUCUGUUGACAAUUCAGAUGGAAUGAUGAAAAUAACAGAAGAGCAAAAAAUAGCUGAUGCAAUGCAGGAGAUGUCAGUGAAUGAUCAAUCUGAGCAUGGGGAGGCAAAAAACAUGUCCAAGAACUCUGUCAAGAAACUAAGUGAAACAAAGGAGAGAGUUCUACAAAACCCAAAGGCUUUAUCUGACAGGUCUACAACUUUUGUGCAUUUAAAGAGAAAGGGGAAAGCUGUUCCAUCAACUUCACCUGUUUCAUCUCAGUAUCUGGGAUCAUUGAAGAUGUUGGAGGAUAAAUGCAUGCAGAAGAAUAGUCCAGAAUUCAACAAAGUAGAUAAUUUAAGGGCAGCUGUUUAUCAGAACUGGUUGGAAAGGAAAAAGCUUCUUCUGCUGGAAUUAAAGAGAAGUGAAAGAGAAAAAGCUGAAAUUCUAAGGAACAAUACUGAAAAGAAAGAAGCACUUAAAAGAGAAGAAUCAAUUGCAUGUUAUGAAGCCUGGAAAAAAAAGAAAGAGAAAGAAGCAAGGAAGUUAAGUGAAAGAAAAAAGCGUGAGGAACUUGAGGAAAAGGAACCAACAGAACAGAAUAAGGAAAAAACAGAAGCAGCACAAGCGGCAUUCAAAAAAUGGAAAGAAAGAAAAGUGGAAUAUUUAAGAGAACAAAACAGGAAGGAAAAACAGUCUGAAAGAAUGAGGAAGAAGAUAGAAGAGGACCUAGUUGCAGAGAAGAGGAGAGUCAGUGUAUCAGCAGUUGAAAAAUGGAAUGAAAAGAAGAAAGAAUAUAUAAAAAAGAAAAAAGUAGAGAAGUUCCUGGAGAAAAAAAAGCGAGAAAUGCAGCAGGCAAAGAGGGAAGAAAAAAGUGAAAAGGCUAUGGAGGAAUAUGAAAGAUGGCUGGAAAACAAAAUGAGGAGAGAGCAGCUUGAGAAGAACCAAAAGAAGUUGCAGGCUGUCCAUGGGAAUGAAAUGACUCCUCCCUGGAGACCACCUGGCAAAGUCACAUAUUCUAGUAAUUACUAAGCAGUUUAUUGCCUUCGCAAAGAACAGAUAGUUUACAAAGUUGUGUCUUUAGGCAGUAGCUCUUUUAUUAUCAGAUGAUUUUCACUGAAUCCAUGAUAGGUGUUAAAUGAUUUCUUUUUAGUUUAUUUGAUAUCAGCAGUUUAAAUAAACCUGUUACUCAUUUGCAUAGCUUUAGAAAAUGUAAUAAUUUUUCUAAUUCCACAUUUAAAUUACUUUUGCUAAAUGCCAUGUUAUGUCAUACCUUUUUGGUGAAAAUUUAUAUCCAGGGUACAUAAAGCUGGACUCAGGCUUUUUUUUUCACCCAAUAAGCAGCAGAAUGGUUAUUUUUCAGUUACUAGACCACACUCUUAAGGAGUUAAUUCUUGAAGAAAUUAUAUGAGGAGGCUGUGGGGUAAGGAUGAUGGUAAGAAGAUGUUGGCUCUCUUGUGGUGGUAGAUGACAAAACACUAGGAGUAUGGAAGCAGAAUGUCAUUUUCAUACAGUAAUAUACAAGAUACAGAGAAAAUAUAUAUUGCAGAUAGGAGGAUAGAGGGCUUUCAUAAGUUCCGGGUCUGGCUCUAGCUGUUCCCUCAUGGCAGGCCAGGCAUUUUUUCCAGCGGUAGUGGAGAAAAGAGAAAGAAUCUACUGCCAGCAAAAACUUUCAAGUAGCUGAGAAGAUGCCCAGCCAGAGCAGCUUCAGUGACCCAUGUAAGAGGCAGAGUAAAAUUACAGACAG